AUCAGGCUUGCAGAUCAAAAGAGAGCAUGCGUCGGGGACAAAGGGUCAGAGCAGAAGCCUUCCUGUCUGCUGGCCUCGGUGUACUUGCACCUUUGGAAACCUACCCCCUGCCAGUGACUAGCUCCAGUUGGGAGCCCCAGCUGGGGACACCGUUCCCGCCAGACCCUUGCACUAGCUCCUCCACAGAGGCCCAAGCUGUGGCCGAGCCCACUGGGCAGGGCCCCAAGAACCCGCGUGUGUCCAGCGUGACGGUUCAGUUGGAGAUGAAACCACUAUGGGAAGAAUUCAACCAGCUGGGCACCGAGAUGAUUGUCACCAAGGCGGGCAGGAGGAUGUUCCCCACCUUCCAGGUGAAGAUCCUGGGCAUGGACACGCUGGCUGACUACGCCCUGCUCAUGGACUUCAUCCCGCUGGACGACAAGAGAUACAGGUACGCCUUCCACAGCUCAGCCUGGCUGGUGGCGGGCAAGGCUGACCCGGCCACGCCUGGCCGCGUGCACUUCCAUCCGGACUCACCAGCCAAGGGCGCCCAGUGGAUGCGUCAGAUUGUGUCCUUUGACAAGCUGAAGCUGACCAACAACUUGCUGGACGACAACGGCCAUAUCAUUCUCAACUCCAUGCACCGCUACCAGCCGCGCUUCCAUGUGGUCUUCGUGGACCCGCGGAAGGACAGCGAGCGCUACGCCCAGGAGAACUUCAAGUCCUUCAUCUUCACCGAGACCCAGUUCACAGCGGUGACCGCGUACCAGAAUCACCGGAUCACCCAGCUGAAAAUCGCCAGCAACCCUUUUGCCAAGGGCUUUAGAGAGAGUGACCCGGACUCCUGGCCUGUGGCCCCACGGCCCCUGCUCAGCAUCCCAGCCCGGAGAAGCAGCAGCCUCAGUCCCUGCCUGCUGGCAGGCUCCAUGGAGCAGGAGAAAGACCAUUUCCUCCCCAGACCCCAACAAAGCUUCAGCCUCCACCUCCAGGACCUCUGUCCGGCUCCACCAUCAGCUGCUGCCCUCCCCUGAAGCCCUGCUGGCCCCGGCCACCUACAGGCCCCUUGCUUACCAGGGCCUGUAUCCUGGAGCCUCAAGCCAUCUUGGGAUUCCAAGGGCCCGACCAGCACCGUACCCUCUCCCCAACGUCCGGACUAAUGGAGAUCAGGGUG